ACCAAAACAGUCACAUAGCAGGGUUAAGGUCACAUUGCGUCAUUAUUAAUGACCAACAGUUAGAUUAAUCGACUGUCUGCAGCCGUAACCACAACGGGCAAACCCGGUGCUCUAUGAGAACUUCCAAGGUCUCAUUAACGAGAUAACGAGUUAGGAACAGGAGAAGAUUGAAUGGUCUGAAAACUACACCAAAGGAAAGACUACUAUCUGCCUGUUGAGAGGGCUUGGCACCAGCUACCUGCUUUUUGGGAGAUAAAUUAUCCCGAAAAUAUUGGCUACAUUUCAAACAGGCUGUUCAGACUACUAUGCUAUCUAUUUUGAAUAAGACAUUUAAGCAUUAGAUUGAAGCGUCAGGCAGAGGGAUAUUUUCUUCCCAGGACAUGGGGAAUGGAAUAAACAAGGUGCUGCCUGAUCUCUUUCUGGGAAACUUCAAAGAUGCGCGGGACAAGGAGCUGUUGGCGAAGCACAAUAUCACCCACAUCCUGUCCAUUCAUGACACCGCUGCCCCCAUUCUAGAGGAAAUGAAAUACCUCUGCAUCCCUGCUGCGGAUGCCUCCAAACAAAACCUGACCCCGUUUUUUAAGGACAGCAUCAUUUUCAUCCACGAGUCCAGACUCAAAGGGAAAGGCUGCCUGGUCCACUGUGUUGCAGGUGUGUCUCGCAGCGUUACGUUGGUGGUGGUGUACAUCAUGACAGUUACUGGGCGGGGCUGGGUGGAGGCGUUAGCUGCGGUGAGGGUGGUACGGCCGUGUGCUGGACCUAACGUGGGGUUCUUAAGGCAGCUAGAGGACUUUGAGAAUCUAGAGUUGGCACAGUAUAGGGAAUGGUUUAAGGACAGGUAUAAGGAGAACCAUUUUAAUGAUGAAGAGGAGAUCAGAGCCCUUCUGUGGCAGAAGUCUCAGGCCAUCAGUGAGUCCAUAGCAACGGCCACGGCAACGGCGGCUCAGCUAGCCACCAGCAACACAUGACCCCAUGGUCUCCUGCCUGCUCAGCCCACGCCAGACAGCUGUCACUCACCCAAUGCCCAGCCAAUCACCGUUUCUGACAAUAUAUAUUGGUGGGACUGAGUUUCUUAUUCAGUUCAACCAACUGUAGGUUAGACCAACUGGAAAAUGUUGAUUACAAAAAAAAUGUACAGGUUGUCAUGAGGGGGAUUUCUCAGUGGUCCCUGUGUGCGACUGGGUUCUUGCUCUCCCUUAACAGUCACAGCAACAUGCAAGAGCAGUCAAUCUGAACGCUCAGGAAAGAUACAUUACAAGCCUACAUUACACACACACACAGAGAGAGAGAGAGAGAGAGAGAGAGAGAGAGAGAGAGAGAGAGAGAGAGAGAGAGAGAGAGAGAGAGAGAGAGAGAGAAAGAAAGAAAGAAAAAGAAAGAAA